AUGUCAUUCCUCGGUGGCGCUGAGUGUUCUACGGCGGGAAACCCGUUGACACAGUUUACAAAGCACGUACAAGAUGACAAGUCCCUCCAGCGGGAUCGGCUCGUUGGGAGGGGCCCAGGGGGCAUGCAAGAGGGAAUGCGAUCGAGGGGAAUGAUGGGUGGACAAGAUCAGAUGAUGGACGAGUUUGCUCAACAACCUGGGCAAAUCCCCGGGGCCGCGCCACAGCCUUUUGCGAUGGAACACUUGAGACGCGAGUUAGACCAAUUCCAGACCACGCCACCUCGGACUGGUUCUCCGGGCUGGGCGGCCGAGUUUGACCCUGGUGAGCAGGCUCGCAUGGAGGCUGCCUUUGCCGGCCCUCAAGGACCCAUGUUGAAUAAUGGAUCGGGAUUUUCACCGGCGGACUUUGCCCGGUUCCAACAACAGAGUAGAACUGGCGUGCCUCAGACUGCCAACCCGGUUACUUCGGGUCCGUCGCCGAUGAUGUCGGGUUUCCAGCGUCCUAUGGGCAUGGGCUAUAUGGGCAUGGGUGGCAUGGGUAUGAUGCAUUCUGCUUAUAACCCUAUGGCGAUGCAGCAGCAACCGAUGGAGGCCACCACACAAGAUAAGGGCAAGGGACGAAUGGUCGAAUUGGAUGACGAGAACUGGGAGGCACAGUUUGCCGAGAUGGAGACCGCAGAUACUCAGAAGCUGGAUGAUGAGGCUAAUGAUGCUAUUGAGGCGGAACUGAACGAUCUUGACAGGUCAGUCUUCACCUCCAGCACUAGUAAAGAAGCAGACUACGAUGCUUUUGAAAACGUAUGGCAAAAAGUUCAAGCUGAGACGGCAGCAAGCAGGAAACUGGCAGAAGAAGAUACCGAAUUCAAUGUUACUGACAACUUACACAUGGGAGAUAUGGGAGAGUGGGAUAACUUCGACUCUCUCAACACUCGCUUCCGAGACCCCCAGCUGGGUGAUUACAUGUUUGAAGAAGAAAACAUGUUCAAGAAUGUCAACAAUCCAUUUGAAGAAGGUGUGAAGAUUAUGCGCGAGGGUGGUAACCUCUCUUUGGCUGCAUUGGCUUUCGAAGCUGCGGUACAGAAGGAUCCUCAACAUGUGCAAGCCUGGACCAUGCUGGGAUCUGCUCAAGCUCAAAACGAAAAGGAAUUACCUGCCAUCCGUGCUCUGGAACAGGCUCUGAAGGUGGACCCGAACAACCUGGAUGCGCUUAUGGGGCUCGCCGUUUCUUACACAAAUGAAGGCUAUGACUCCACGGCCUACCGCACACUGGAACGUUGGCUUUCUGUCAAGUAUCCGCAGAUCAUUAACCCCAAGGAUCUUUCAUCAGAUGCAGACCUAGGAUUUACAGAUCGCCAGAUCCUUCACGACCGAGUCACCGAGUUCUUUAUCCAAGCAGCUCAGUUGUCGCCUUCGGGUGAACAAAUGGACCCAGACGUGCAGGUCGGCUUAGGUGUUCUUUUCUACUGUGCGGAGGAGUACGACAAGGCCGUGGAUUGUUUCUCUGCCGCCCUGGCCUCCACCGAGUCGGGAACUGUAAACCAGCGGGAACAGCUUCAUCUGCUGUGGAACCGUCUCGGAGCCACUCUUGCCAACUCGGGUCGUUCCGAGGAGGCCAUCGAAGCUUACGAGCAAGCCCUGAACAUCAAUGCCAACUUUGUCCGCGCGAGAUAUAAUCUGGGCGUGUCAUGCAUCAACAUCGGUUGUUACCCAGAAGCUGCUCAGCAUCUGUUGGGUGCGCUGUCCAUGCACCGUGUUGUUGAGCAGGAAGGCCGUGAACGCGCCCGUGAGAUUAUCGGCGGAGAUGGUGGUGUCGACGAUGAACAGCUUGAACGGAUGAUUCAUAUCAGCCAGAACCAGAGCACUAACUUGUAUGACACCCUGCGGCGUGUGUUCAGCCAAAUGGGACGUCGGGAUUUGGCCGACAUGGUCGUGGCUGGUAUGGAUGUGAAUGUCUUCCGAAAGGAAUUUGAAUUUUAA